AGCCAGCCUCUUCUCACUUGCCUCACUUGUCUACUCUGCAGAUCCAUUCUCCUCCUCUCUGGUACCGCCAUGGUCCCCGGACUCCGUCCCGCCAUCAGAGCGCGCAGCACGACGUAGGCGCAACAGCGAGUGCGCACUGCUGAUACGCACGAGUUUGGUGAAGAAACAGCGGUUUUCGCGCUGGCCUAGUUUAGUCAUCUUCUGGUCAUUUGAUUUUAACGUCUUCGUUUAUAGUGUUGAGUUUUUGUCUUUUAAUCAAAACUGAAGAAACAGACCCAGUUUGCGUUUUAUGCGUCAGGUGAGGAGGACAGGUGCAAAGGCGCAGCGCUGCUUCUGUAGCCGCCACAACAACGACUGCUUUGCGUUGCGGAACAAAGGAAGGAAAGCAGAAAGCAACUCCGUGGAACAUCAAAACAACAUCAAAACAGUCAGGAUAAAGAAAAAAAAACAGACAGAGGGGGGGAAACAAGAGCGAGAGGGUGGGAGGGAGGGAGAGUAGUUAGAAGAGACGGCCCCGGCCCAGGAGACGGAGAGAGAGAGUGUGUGUGAGGGAGUGUUUUAAAGCCGGCAGGAGGCAUGAUGUCCUACAUAAAGCAACCCCAUUACGCGGUGAACGGGUUAACGCUGUCCGGCCCGGGCAUGGAUCUGCUCCACUCCGCCGCCGUGGGAUACCCCAGUGUUUUUUUAGGCACUCCACGUAAACAGCGUCGGGAGCGCACCACCUUUACGCGCGCGCAGCUGGACAUCCUGGAGGCUCUGUUUGCCAAAACUCGUUAUCCAGACAUCUUCAUGAGGGAGGAGGUGGCCCUGAAGAUCAACCUGCCUGAGUCCAGAGUGCAGGUCUGGUUCAAGAACCGCCGUGCCAAGUGCCGCCAGCAACAGCAGCAGAGCACAGGCCAGUCCAAACCACGGCCCCCUAAGAAGAAGACGUCCCCUGCCCGGGAGACUAACACUGAGGCCAGUGCCAAUCCCACCAAUGGGUCCUACAGCCCUCCACCCCCUCCUCCAGGCACUGCCAUCACUCCCAACUCCAGCUCUGCUAGUGCCACUGUAUCCAUCUGGAGCCCAGCCUCCAUCUCUCCGCUGCCAGACCCCCUGUCUGCCUCCACCACCCCCUGCAUGCAGCGCACCACCACCUACCCCAUGACCUACACCCAAGCUCCAGCCUACAGCCAAAGCUACGCUGGCUCCUCCUCCUACUUCACAGGCCUGGACUGUAGCUCCUACCUGUCUCCAAUGCACCCACAGCUGUCAGGCACUGGCGGGGCCCUGAGCCCCAUCACAGCCUCCUCGAUGGGAGGGCCCCUCAGCCAGUCCCCGGCUUCGCUCUCCUCCCAGGGCUACACUGCAGCCUCACUGGGCUUCGGCGCUGUCGACUGUCUAGACUACAAAGACCAAGCUGCCUGGAAGCUCAAUUUCAAUGCUGCUGACUGUCUGGACUACAAGGACCAGAACUCCUGGAAGUUCCAGGUCUUGUAAAUAUUACCAAGCGGGAGGAGGGAAGGAAGGGUGGGAGGAAGUUUGGAGAAGGAAAAUGAAAUAACUUAAAAUGGCCUCAUACUACUAAUGGUGUUUUAAUAGAAAUAAGAGGACUUGGAACACAGAAAUGUACCAAUCACAUCAGCCAUAAAGUAAGCUGAAAUAAUCCCUCCACUUUUGUUGUUUCAAAAAACGACUGGAAGUUGAAUGAAGUGUUGAUGCUGUGCUGUUUGAUUGUUAUAAAGAAAAGAAGACAUGAAAGACAAUGAACAAUGUUUAGAUAGGAAGACAGAAGGGUUUACAUGUCCUGCUCCAGACCUCAACAUGUACGGUUAAAAUGCUAAACAGGAAGUAGCUUGACUGAGUGAUGAUGCCAGUUUGAUUUAAAAUCAGUUUCCUUGCUUCGUCCCGGUGAAGCAGUCCUGUUUGUAAAGCACGGUAGUGGAAGUAUCCUCAUAUGGUUUAUUGGCUUGCCCGACAUCACUGCAGACAAGGCUUCUGUGGUGUCUCCCCUCUAGAUGCCCUCUGGGCUUCUUUUACAAAGCUGCUGUUUCUUCAGUGACUCAAAAACGUUUUAAGGAAAACCACACAAGCUGGUGGAUGUCAGGAGGUGAUGACGCAACACCUGCUGGUUGAGUCCAGAGUGAUUCUGAUGGUCCAGCCUUGGUUCUGACCCUCUUCAGACUGGGGGGUGCAAGCCGAGAGGUCACUUAUGGGUGACCGCAGUGCAAACCUGUUGCCUUUGAGCAUGGUUGUAGUCAUUAGCACACUGGCUCGUAGUUCCUUUGUCUAGUAUGGACCCCCCCCCCCCCCCCCCCCAACACACACACACACACACACACACAAAGGACGGUAGCAACAGUCAUUAUGGCUCUGCCCGUCCUACCUCCACCUCCUAUGGGCUUGAGAGACGACUGCACCAGAGAAAGGGAAGGGACGGUGCUGCCAUGCAGCCCCACCCCCCCACCCCCUUUGCACAGUGUGUUUGUGCCUCUCAGCCUCACCCCGUAAAGAUUUUUUGUGUUAGAUGUCUUCUUUGAUUAUCUUUUUGUAAUAGAUCGUGUCUCUUUAUAAAAUUGUGACUGAGUCUAAAACCUGGUGGUGAUUUGUUUUAGGUCGAUGUUAACAGUAUUAAUAUCAUUACCUGCUUGUCUUCAGCUGACAUGGACAUCACUGAAGGACGUCUUUGAUGCUGUUUUGUAAAUAUUAAAACUUGAAAAAUGCAA